AUUCCAGAUGGCUGACCCGAGUUGUUUCAGCCAAACUCAACUUAAACCAAUCGAUUUAGGGGCAAUUAUUUUAACGCAGAAUUUGAGUGCGCGGCAUCUUUUCUUUUCUUUUCUUUUCGCGUCCGUGCAAUAUUUUAUGAACUAAUAAGCGUCCGCGAAAGUGUGAGGGAAAACGGCGAAAAGAGGAAAAACGAAAACGGAUCUGCGUCGAAAUUUUCCCCGUUCCGAUUUUUUUUUCUCCACCAGCAGCAGCGAAGCAGUGGCAGAGCAAAAGCAGCGCAGUUUGAGCAGCGAAUAUAUUUGUAAGAGAGCCCCAACCUUGAGAAAAAACAACCAGCCAGGCAGUAAAUUGUUCGUUUUCCCGUCUGCUGUAUUUCAAGUAAUAACGUACAACUGCUAUUAAGGAGAAGUCCCUAGGAGGAGGAGCAGCUAGCCAGGAUGGACAAAAUGAGGAUAUUGAAAGAAAGCCGCCCCGAGAUAAUCGUCGGUGGCAAAUAUCGGGUGAUCAGAAAGAUUGGAAGCGGCUCGUUUGGCGACAUUUACCUUGGAAUGAGCAUCCAGAGCGGCGAGGAGGUCGCCAUUAAGAUGGAGAGCGCCCACGCUCGCCAUCCGCAGCUAUUGUACGAGGCCAAGCUGUAUCGCAUCUUGAGUGGCGGCGUGGGAUUCCCACGUAUCCGUCAUCAUGGCAAGGAGAAGAACUUCAAUACCCUGGUUAUGGAUCUGUUGGGACCCUCGCUCGAGGAUUUGUUUAACUUUUGUACGCGCCACUUUACCAUUAAGACGGUACUGAUGUUGGUGGAUCAAAUGAUUGGACGCUUGGAGUAUAUCCAUUUGAAGUGCUUCAUCCAUCGUGACAUUAAGCCGGACAAUUUCCUAAUGGGCAUCGGCCGUCAUUGUAACAAGCUCUUCCUGAUCGAUUUCGGACUGGCUAAGAAGUUCCGCGAUCCGCACACGCGUCAUCACAUCGUGUACCGUGAGGAUAAGAAUCUCACUGGUACCGCCCGCUAUGCUUCGAUCAAUGCCCAUUUGGGUAUCGAGCAGUCGCGCCGCGACGACAUGGAAUCCCUUGGCUACGUGAUGAUGUACUUCAAUCGCGGCAUAUUGCCUUGGCAGGGCAUGAAGGCAAAUACCAAGCAGCAAAAGUACGAGAAGAUCUCUGAGAAGAAAAUGUCCACGCCCAUCGAGGUCCUAUGCAAGGGCUCGCCGGCCGAGUUCUCCAUGUAUCUGAACUAUUGUCGUAGCCUGCGCUUCGAGGAGCAGCCGGACUACAUGUACCUACGCCAAUUGUUCCGCAUACUGUUUAGGACGCUGAACCAUCAGUAUGACUACAUCUACGACUGGACAAUGCUGAAGCAGAAGACCCACCAGGGUCAGCCCAAUCCAGCUAUACUACUGGAGCAAUUGGACAAGGACAAGGAGAAGCAGAACGGCAAACCCCUGAUCGCGGACUAAAAGCUGGUUAACAACGGCUUGCAAGCGAGGUUGAUGGCGGAAUAGGGGGGAACAGUACAUUAGAAGUGAACAGGAGAACGGAGGUAGUCGCAGGUGAAAGGCCCGACAAGGAAGGAAUGAUGGAAGGAUGGAAAUAUGGAGCAGCAGCAUACACAACACAGCGGGCGUUAGGAUGUUUCUUAAUAUUAAUUUAAAUUCAAUACGAAACAAAUAAGGAUUCAACAACAACAACAACAACAGCGAAAGCAAAAGUAACAUCAAGCAGCAAACAGCGCAGUCAAGCAAAAAACACAUUAAUGAUAUCAAAUGAUACCCCAGCAAAUGUGAUUCACGAGUGAAUCACUGCGAUCGAUAGCCACACACACGUACACCACACACAACAAAUAUAACAAAUCAAUUUGCAAUCCAAAACACAACACACAACAUACACACAUAUACUCACACACUCACCCACAAAAAAAACACCCACUCUCAUUUACACCCACUCAAAAAAAAAAGCAAACAUCAUUGCCCAAAAAGAAUAAAAAAAAAGUAAGAAAAAACGAAAAAAGAAACACUUAGCCUAAUAAAUUACAAGAAAUAAUAAUGGUAAUGAUGGUGGAGCAAAGAGAAGUUAAGCUGAGGAGAAAAACUAAACCUAUAUAUAUGUAUAUGUAUAUAUAUAAGCGAAUAAACACCAUAUAUGUAUGCAUAUAUCCCAUUUGAUUCACGUCAAAUCGAAUCCAAUGCUUAAUUAUGAAUCGAGCGUAACAAAACUCAAUAACUAAUUAAACUGGAAUAAAUAAGAAACAAAAAACAAGAAUAAACAAUAAAAAAAAAAUUAAUAAAAUACACCGAAAAAAGCAAACAAAAAAAUUAUGCAGAAUAGUUGAGAAGGAGUAAGAUGAGGAGAAGAGGAGGAGGAACAACCAAGCAAAAGCCAACUAAGAUGGGGGAAAGUAAUAAAAUACAACCAGCAACAAGAGUAAAACAAACAAAUAAUAAUAAUAAUUAUAAUGAAGAAGAAGAAGAAAGAAAGAAAAAAAAAACAAACAAACAGAACGCAAAACUGCAAAGUAAAUUUGCAUAGUAAGCAGUAAUAAUUAUAAACAUAACUUAUAUUUAAUUUUUUGAAUUACAUCAAUAAAUAUGUUGAAAUUAAA